GUUUUCUUUUAUCUAGAUAUUUUUGACACCGAAAGGAAGUAGUAUAUUUCCCUUUGAAGGAAUUCGCUAAAUAUAACAUUGUUAUAGUAGAAAGCACUCCCAGGAAAAAUGUCAGCAGAAUCGGUCUACAAGGAUGCCGAGAGGAAGGUGAAAAAAUUUUUUUUCAAAGACUAUGAGGGUGCGCAGGAGCUUUACGACAAAGCUGCGACCCUCUUCAAGCUAGAAAAAAAUUACGCUCGAGCCGGAGAGGCAUACAUGCACGCCGGAGAUUGUGCGAUGAGGAUGAAAGACAUUUUUUCUGCGGGAAAAUGCUUUGCCGACUCCGCUAACGCGUAUAAGAAGGUGGAUAUGAAGAAGGCGAAUGAAAUGUUGGAUAUGUCGGUGAAAGUGUAUAUUGAUAACAACCAGCUGGAUUCUGCUACUCGAUUGAUAAGGGAUUUCGCGGAUACCAUCGUUGAGCAAGGGUCUCCGAUGGAUGCUAUUCCCUAUUACGAGAGGGCGAUGAGGUAUUUUGAUGCGGAGGAUCAAAAAAUGCAGUCUCAGAAAUGUAUGAUAGCCAUGGCUAACAUUUACGGUGAGAAUGAUAAUUUCGAUAAAGCUCUUCAGUACUAUGAAUGUAUCGCAAGCAACAUGGUAUCCGGGCCUCUCAAAUUUCAGGCGCGGGAUUACUACGUUCGUGCGAUGCUUUGCCGCUUAGCAAUGGUUACAAAUGAUAAUCGCUUUGAGAAGACCGACGAGUGCCGCGACGCCCUCAACCAUUACCUGAGCAGCGAUAUUUACCUCAAAAAUAGCCGGGAGUAUGAGUUCUUGGAGCUCCUUCUGGAUUCGGUUGCGGACUGCGAUGUGGAUAAGUUUUCUACCGCCACGUCGAUGCUGCAUGAUAUGCGGCAACUGGAUGACUGGAAGACUCACGUCUUGCUUGUAGUGAAGCAUAACAUGGAAUCAUUAGCAUAG